AUGCACGCUAGGCGCGCGGCCAUCUUCUCCGUUCUGCUCGCGCUCCCCAUCGUGGCGUUGGUGCCGCGCGCGCCGUCGUCCUGGUCCGUCUUCCGAUCCCGGCCUCUCCUGAACGCCGGCGGCAAAGUUCGCGCCGGUGGCUGCGACUACUCCGACGGGGCAUGGGUGCGGGACGCCGAUUCCCCGACGGUUUACACGGAGGAUUGCCCGUUCCUGGACCCUGGUUUCCAGUGCGCACGCAACGGCCGGAGCGACUCGUCGUUCCGGCACUGGCGAUGGCAGCCUCGCGGCUGCAACCUCCCUAAGUUUAACGCGAGCGAGAUGCUGGAGAGGAGCCGGAACGGGCGGAUCGUGUUCGCCGGCGACUCGAUCGGCCGCAACCAGUGGGAGUCCAUGGUGUGCAUGCUCGCCGCCGGCGCCGGCGGGUCGAGGAUCUACGAGCAGUCCGGGAAGCCCAUCGGCCGGCACAAGGGGUACCUUUCCAUGGUGUUCGCGGACUACAACCUCUCCGUGGAGUACUACCGCGCGCCGAUGCUCGUCAGGGUCGACCGCUUCCCGGUCCAGGCGAGCGGCGACGACGCGGUCGUCAGGGGAGCGGUCCGGCUGGACGCGCUGCCGCGUCACGCCGACCGCUGGGCCGGCGCCGACGUGCUCGUCCUCAACACCGGGCACUGGUGGAACGAGCACAAGACCAUCAAAGCAGGAAACUAUUUCAUGGUUGGCAAGCGGUUCAACGUGACCACGGACAUCAGGGAGGCGUUCCGGUUGUCGCUGCAGACGGUGAAACGUUGGGAGCUGAGUAAUGCGAGGCGUUCCAAGAGCUAUUUGUUCUUCAGGAGCUAUUCCCCUUCCCAUUAUAGCAAUGGCGCGUGGGACACAGGCGGCUCAUGUGCAGCCCAGCAGCAGCCACGAACAGCCACAGGCGGGGACCAGUUCAUCGAGGAGAAUUCGUGGAUGAACGCGGCGAUCUCGAGCACGAUGCGAGGCGUGAGGAGAAAAGGGAGGAACGCCCGGUUCCUGAACAUAACGCACAUGACGGAGCUGAGGAGGGACGGCCACCCGUCGCGGCACCGGGAGCCCGGGACGCCGCCGGACGCGCCGGAGGACUGCAGCCACUGGUGCCUGCCGGGCGUGCCGGACACGUGGAACCAGGUCCUCUAUGCUCACCUCUUGUCUAUGGGCUAUGCUACGAGGACAAAACACUGA